AUGGAUACCAGCGUUCGUUCCCUCGCGCCGGUCAAGUUCAGCGAGUACCGGAAUCAUACCAAGCUCGUCCGUCCUCCUUUCCCCGCCGACGACUCUGUCUCGUCGGAGAUGAAGCCCACUCAAGUGGUCAGGAUUUCAGUGACCGACCCAGAUGCCACCGACUCGUCCAGUGACGAGGGGGAGACGGAGCUUUUUGCGCCGCGGCGGAGGGUGAAGAAAUUCGUCAGCGAGAUAACUGUGGAGUCCUCUUGUUCUGUUUCUGGCGCCGGUUCCCAGUACGACGACGCUUGGGGCGCCAGAAGGAGGAAAUCGAGGUCGAAGGCCACCAGGUCGAAAUCUUCCACCGGUGGAGGCGUCUUGUCGGUGAGGCCGACGGAGCAGGCGGCAACGGCUACAACGAGGAAGUUCAGAGGUGUCCGUCGGCGGCCGUGGGGGAAGUGGGCGGCAGAGAUAAGAGACCCGCUCAAGCGCGUGAGACUCUGGCUAGGCACCUACGAUACAGCCGAAGAAGCAGCGAUGGUGUACGACAACGCGGCAGUCCAGCUGCGUGGACCCGACGCGCUCACCAACUUCCUCACCCCUCCGCCACAUCCAACGCCCGCCGCCGCCGCCGCCGCUCCUACCUGCAGCUCGGAAUACAACUCCGGCGAGGAGUCACGCAACGACAACAAGGCCGCCGGUGGAAGCCGUUCUCCGAUCUCGACGCUCCGGUUCCCCUCGCCGUCAUCGCAUGAGGAGGCUGAGUCCCAGUCGCAGUCGCAGAGCACCGUCACGGCGGUGAAAGAGGAUUGCUCCGAAAUUUCCGAGUUCUCGUCCAUGGAGGCGCUCUUCUCCGACGAGGCGUACGAUUUCAAGAACUCCAUGCGAGACAUCUUCGACGAGACCAACCUGGCGGUGGAGGGUUUCCUGAGCCAGGAUUUCGGCGGGGAUCUUUUCACCGGCGCAGUCGGGUCGGACGAUUUCGGGUUCGGAUUCUCCAGCUGGAACCCGGACGAUUGCUUUCAAGACAUCGGUGACCUGUUCGGAUCCGACCCUCUGCUUUCCGUAUGA